AUGGAGGACACGCCGCCGCCCAAGAAGAAGCAGAAGAGCUACACGAUCCGCGAGAAGCGCGAAGCGGUCCGUCUCGUCGAAGAUGUAGGGGUGGAGGAGGCAGCCCGCGAGCUCCAACUUGCUCGGGGCACUGUCCAUGGCUGGUGGAAGCAAGCUGAAAAGCUUUUUAGCUUCACUGGCCACUCCACCUCUAAGUCCCUGAAGGGCCAGGGCCGCAGGGAAGUAUUUCCCGACAUUCCUGCGGUCGUCACCUUCAUGAAGGACGUGCGGCGCGAAGAGAAGACCCUCACUACACGUGGCAUUAUGUCCUUCAUGUGGGCAAUCGAGACCGAGUGGGUCGAGGACUACCUGCAAAGGAAGCGGUGUGGCAUCCUGGCGCUUGAGCGCAUGGUCGAGAGACUCGCAAUUCGGUAA